AUGUCAUCAGGUCUGCUCUUCUUGUUGCUCCUCAGUGGAUUGGGGAUUGGAGGAAAUAUACUGUGUGAUGCACAACCAGUAUGUAACUUCUGCCCUCCUUUAUGGACUCGGUACGGAGGCCGCUGUUUCCUGUUCGUAAGCGAUGAAAAGGACUGGGGUGAUGCUGAGGAAUACUGCAAUGAACUUGGUGCACAUCUGGCCUCCUUUCAUAACCAAGGCGAGUACGACUUCAUCCAGAGAGUCAUUGUGAGUGCGACCGGAACCAACACAAAAUCUUGGGUUGGAGGCACCGAUGCAGCAAAGGAAGGGUUUUGGAUGUGGAGCGAUGGCUCAGACUUCUCCUACACUCACUGGGCCAGUGGGGAACCAAACAACUUGGGUGGGCACGAGAACUGCAUGGAUAUCAACCUGAAUGGACAAGAUUACGUCAACGAUGAAGUCUGCAGCCAACAAAACGCUUUUGUUUGCGCUAAGAAAGCGUAA